AGCCUUGGAGCAACUUUGCCACCAGAACCCAAGGAAGAAUCAACACCUCCACCUAAAGAAGCAUGGAGCGAAAAAAGGAACCCAAAGCUGAACCAGCACCAAAACCAGAAGCAAAGCCUGCACCAGAGCCAGAGCCAGAAUCAGAAUCAGAAUCAGAACCUGAAAGCGAAGAAAGUGAUGUUGACAUAGACAAUGAAGGAGUGAUUGAACCGGACACAGAUGACCCUCAACCGAUGGGGAAUGAUCAGUUAGAGGUAACUGAUGAAAUGGAGGAAGAAGCCCAGGAAAAGCGUAAUGUUGCCAUGGCAGCCAUGACAGAUGGAAAUUUGGAUGAAGCUAUUCAGAUGUUUACAGAAGCCAUUAUGAUAAAUCCACAUUCUGCAUUACUGUAUGCAAAGAGAACCAGUGUGUACGUACGUCAACAGAAACCAAAUGCUGCAGUUCGUGACUGUGACAGAGCAAUCCAUUUAAAUCCAGAUUCAGCUCAGCCAUACAAAUGGAGAGGCAAGGCACAUAGAUUACUUGGUCACUGGGAAGAAGCAGCUAAAGAUCUCCAGAUGGCUUGUAGAUUAGAUUAUGAUGACACUGCUUAUGAAAUGUUGAAAGAAGUUGAACCAAAGGCACAAAAAUUAGCAUUGCACAAACGUAAACAAGAACGAAAAAAAGAAGAACGAGAACUCAAGGCAAGACUUGCAAGAGUUAAAAAGGCCAAGGAGGCGCAAGAAAAGGCCAGACAGGAAGCUGAUGAGAGAGCCAAAGCACAAGCCAAAGCUGGAUUUCCAGGUGGUAUGCCCGGUGGGUUCCCUGGUGGUAUGCCUGGUGGAUUCCCUGGUGGAUUCCCAGGCGGGAUGGCAGGAGGAAUGCCUGGUGGAUUCCCAGGAGGAAUGCCAGGAGGAAUGCCAGGAGGAAUGCCAGGAGGGAUGCCAGCAGGGAUGCCCGAUCCAAGUUCUGUAAUGUCUGAUCCUGAAAUUAUAGCUGCGAUGCAGGACCCAGAAGUGAUGCUGGCUUUCCAAGAGAUCAGUCAGAAUCCUGCAAACAUGAUGAAAUACACCAACAAUCCCAAAGUCAUGAAUCUGGUUGCUAAAAUGCAACAGAAGAUGGGUGGUCAUGACGACUGUGGCGAUGACGAUGAUUGUGGGCAUUCACAUUCAGCAUAA